AGAGGCACGUCGACGGCCCUCUGCGUUCUCUUGGAGAAAAUAGACCGUGGGCGCCGCCCCUCACCUCCGCAGCUCUUCGGAUUACUUGGCGGGGCCUUCAGGAAGCCAGGGGCGAGGGCAGAGGGUGGGCACUGGCGGCUGGACGGAGCGGGGCGGAGCUGGGCGGAGGGCGCCGGGCUCCCCCCUCUGGUCCUCUCAGGUGACAGUCCCCGCGGGCUCCUGCCCCGCCCCGCCGCAUAUUCCGGAGGCCGGCCUGCCGCGUCCGAGAGCAGCUAGCUCUUGCGGCGCCCGGAGCCUCUGCCCGUCGGUGCGCGCGUGGACCCGCGCGCCCGUCCUCCCGCGAACUCGCCGCCCGCCAUGGCUGCUGCGGCCGCCCGCCGCAGCCUCCUUACUCUCCUCCAGGUGCUCGGGCUCGCCCUGGCGCAGAUCAGAGGUCCGCCAGGAGAACUGGGGCCUCCGGGCCCCCCGGGGCCGCCGGGAGUGCCUGGAUCCGACGGCAUCGACGGUGACAAGGGGCCCCCUGGAAAAGCUGGCCUUCCGGGAAUUAAGGGGGAGCCUGGCAAACCAGGGCCAGAUGGGCCAGACGGGAAGCCUGGGAUUGACGGUCUAACUGGAGCCAAGGGGGAGCCUGGCCCCGUGGGGAUCCCUGGAGUCAAGGGCCAGCCUGGGCUUCCAGGUCCCCCUGGCCUGCCAGGCCCUGGCUUCGCUGGACCUCCUGGACCACCUGGACCUGUUGGCCUCCCUGGUGAGAUUGGAAUCACGGGCCCCAAGGGGGAUCCUGGACCAGAUGGACCAUCGGGGCCCCCAGGGCCCCCUGGCAAACCGGGCCGCCCGGGAACCAUCCCAGGCCUGGAAGGAAGUGCGGAUUUCCUGUGUCCAACCAACUGUCCAGCGGGUGUGAAGGGCCCCCAAGGGCUGCAGGGAGUGAAGGGGCAUCCUGGCAAACGCGGGGUUCUGGGAGACCCUGGGCGCCAGGGGAAGCCGGGCUCCAAGGGAGAUGUGGGUGCCUCUGGAGAGCAAGGCAUCCCUGGACCACCGGGUCCCCAGGGUGUCAGGGGCUACCCAGGCAUGGCAGGACCCAAAGGAGAGACGGGUCCUCACGGGUACAAAGGCAUGGUGGGCUCUGUUGGCGCUGUCGGGUCUCCGGGUGAGGAAGGUCCCCGGGGACCACCAGGCCGAGCUGGGGGAAAGGGCGAUGUGGGCAGCGAAGGUAUUAGAGGACCCCAGGGAAUAACAGGCCCAAAGGGAGCAACCGGCCCCCCAGGCAUCGAUGGCAAGGACGGAACCCCAGGCACACCUGGCAUGAAGGGCAGUGCGGGACAGGUGGGGCGGCCAGGCCACCCAGGCCCCCAGGGCCUAGCAGGUGUGCCUGGCCAGCCUGGGACAAAAGGAGGUCCUGGAGACAAGGGUGAGCCGGGCCAGCAGGGCUUCCCUGGAUUCUCUGGCCCCCCUGGGAAGGAGGGAGAGCCAGGGCCUCGAGGAGAAAUUGGUCCCCGGGGCAUCAUGGGGCAGAAGGGUGACCAGGGUGAGAGGGGGCCAGUGGGGCAACCAGGCCCUCAAGGACGGCAAGGCCCCAAGGGGGAGCAGGGGCCCCCCGGAAUUCCAGGGCCCCAAGGCUUGCCAGGCAUCAAGGGAGACAAGGGCUCCCCAGGGAAGACCGGGCCCCGCGGCGGAGUGGGCGACCCGGGGGUGGCCGGCCUCCCCGGAGAGAAGGGCGAGAAGGGCGAGGCUGGCGAGCCGGGGCCCAAGGGACAGCAAGGCGUCCACGGAGAACCUGGCUACCGGGGCCCCAGCGGCGAUGUGGGCGCCCCAGGGGUGCAGGGCUACCCCGGGCUCCCCGGCCCUCGGGGACUGGCUGGCGACCGAGGCGUGCCCGGCCAGCCCGGGAGACAGGGCGUGGCGGGCCCAGAUGCCAGUGACCGGCACAUCGUGGACGUGGUGAUGAAGAUGGUGCAAGAGCAACUGGCAGAGGUGGCUGUGAGUGCCAAGCGGGAGGCCCUAGGUGCAACUGGGGUGAUGGGUCCCCCGGGACCCCCUGGGCCUCCUGGAUACCCAGGCAAGCAGGGACCCCACGGGCAUCCCGGCCCUCGGGGCAUUCCUGGCAUCGUGGGCGCCAUGGGUCAGAUUGGCAACACGGGGCCCAAGGGAAAACAUGGAGAGAAGGGUGACCAGGGCGACGUGGGACGUGGGCAUCCCGGGAUGCCUGGGCCCCCAGGGAUUCCAGGACUUCCUGGCCGGCCUGGCCAGGCAAUCAAUGGCAAGGACGGAGAUCGAGGGGCCCCAGGGGCCCCAGGAGAGGCAGGCCGACCUGGCCUGACAGGCCCUGUGGGGCUGCCUGGCUUCUGUGAGCCUGCGGCCUGCCUUGGAGCCUCAGCCUAUGCUUCUGCGCGCCUUACAGAGCCUGGAUCCAUCAAGGGCCCAUGAAUAUCAGGCCAGGACAGAGCCUGGUGGGCAAGGACUAAGUCCCCUCUGGGUGGACAUGGACCCCAUCCCUCAGCCCAGGAAGCUUGCCUCUCCAGGGCCUUCUUUCUGGGACCCAGGAAUCCUGAGGCAAAGGCAAUUCUAAAAUGGGGGAAGGGAGGGCAUCAGAGUGAAAAGGUGAGGCCCACACAGGACCAGUGUCACUGAAGAGUCCAAGCUCCAAAAAGGAUGGGGUGGCUUUCCUUCCUGGAGCACUACUCAGAUGUCACCACAACAAAUGUCUCCUUAAUCUGCACCAUCCUGUCCUUGGGAGGAUGGACUGAGGUCUUUGCUGGCUCUGGACUCCAUUUUCACCCCCUGGGCUUGCUGGGUGACUGGUGAUGGGUGACUGCCUUGAGGUGCAUCCUGAAGCCAGCCCCACUACUUCCUCCCUGCCUCCCUCCCACUGAGUAUUUAAACACCCAUCUCCCUUCUCUUUCUGGCAUUACCCUCUCCUACUAGAGGUAUUAACUCCCCCCACACCGUAUCCACCCAGGCCUUACUGUAAAUAAAAGCCCCUAGUGUGGGUACAAACCAGGA